AUGAAUACGAACAAGAAGUUUAAAGUUGUAUUGAUGGGUGCAAGCUCUGCAGGAAAAACUAGUAUUGUCGUUAGAUUCUCUAGAGGUACUUUUGGUGGAGAUCAAGAGUCAACCAUCGGAGCUGCUUUUAUUUCUAGAGAUGUCGAAACAGAAAAAGGACCAGUAACUUUACAUAUUUGGGAUACCGCAGGACAAGAAAGAUACAGAAGCUUAGUUCCUAGAUAUUCACAAGGUUCUAAAGCGAUUGUCAUAGUUUUCGAUGUCACAGAUCCGGAAUCAUUUGAAGGUGCACAACAAUGGUUCCAGGAAGCCCAAGACAUGCAUGCAAAUAAAGUUAAAUACUAUCUAAUUGCCAAUAAAAUUGAUUUGCCUGCAAAGGUUGACUUAGAAAAAGUUCAAGAAUAUGCUAGACAAACAGGUAUGUGUUACUAUGCUACAUCUGCAAAAACUGGUGAAAACAUUACAAAUCUUUUUGAUACAAUUGCUGGUGACGUUGCGGCAAUGAUACCUGCUGACCAGGAUCCAGAUGAAGUUCUGUUAGAAGCGAGGAAGAAGGAUGAAGGUAAGAGUGGAAAAUGCUGCUAA